AUUCUCCACUAAUUAAUCUAGAUAUUCCCUUGUGUUGAGGACUCCGUAAAGUGUUCCUUGUCUGGUCUUUUCCGCGCGCUAACGUCUCGCCCCACUGCGAUGAAGUCGAGGUACUUGCAUAAAAUCGCAGUUUCGGGUGGUUCGAGCAUAAUUAGAUAUCUAGAUACCGCGGCAAACUGCCCAUGCCCCUACACGGGUCCGCAAAUACAUAGCUAGGAACACUUCAUACCGUUCCACCAUACUAUGUCAGUGCGGUCUAUUACGCGUCAUGGUUCUUGGACUUAAGAACUAUAUUAAAACCAACGCUCAAUAAUUUACACCAUGAGCGAAACGGACCCAAGUACCGCGUUGGAGCGAAGACCUGCUUGCGAUGCGUGUAAAACUCGCAAAACCAAAUGCGAUCGAAAGUCACCAUGCGCCAGCUGUGUCACGCUCAACGUCCCAUGCCGAACUACACACCGAACUGGUGAGAAGCGACAGCGGGUUCUCCUGUCGGGCAGAUACGAAGAUGCUGUGCUAGACCUCAGUCGUCAACUCGCUGAUGUCAAGGAGAUGCUCCAAGCUCACGUUCUGAGCAAAGACACGGGAUUAUUGGCUUCAAAUUCACAGACAGCCUCUUCGGAUGCAUCGGCUUACACGCCACAGUCGAUGAUUGACGAGCAAUUGCCCGUUUUAACUGAUGUUCAGGAAGGUUAUGAUGGAGAUACGUCGUUCACAUCUCACGCUCACCAGGUCAAAACAGCACUAGGGGCCACGCUCACACCAUUUGAACUUGAGACCUCCCUGGGCAUACCCCUGGAUAAUGGCAACGGCAAGCGCUCAGCGUCGCCUGGCCAUACUUCUACAGAUCCUAGGAACGCUGGACUGAGCAAGAUGCCGCUGCCACCCAAUGACGUCACCCUCAAGCUCUUGCGUCUGAUUAAGACCGAAGAACAACGAGCUUUCGUCGAUCUACCCCUCUUUACGGAAGACGAAUUCAUAGAAAUGUGUCGAAGCAUUUACUUCGCGCUAGAGCCGAUUUCGCUUUGGACGUGGAUAUGCGUCAACGUCGGCCUCUACAACCUCUUCAUGGGCAUUGACGAGGCCAACUGUGAAAGCCUAGGGACAACGGUCGAGGCGAUGCGAGCGCACGCCACAAUUCCACGAUCCAAUGCAGAGCGCGCAUUACAGAGCCUCCGUCUGUGUUCGGAGCCAUCGUUAGAAUCCUGCCGCGCCCUCGCGGUUCUAGUAAACUUCUACGUCAAACAAGGACACAGCACGAUUGCGUGGAGAUUGGCCAGCGGCGCGGCACGAGCGGCUCUGGAUCUGGGCCUACAUCGUUUAACCAGCAGCGAUCGAAACAAGGGAAACUACGCGUGGAAAGAGCUGACAAUCUUCUGGCACAUCUAUAUUUGGGAAAAAGGGCUCGCCAUGACAUGCGGGAAAUCUCCCUCCAUACGCCACUUUGAUGUUACGAGUGACCUUUAUAAUGUGAUUGUAGAGCCUGGUAAGGACGGCAUACGGAACGUACUUUACCGCGCCUUCGUUUUCAUGGCCGUAGCUAUGGGCGAUAUCGAAGAAAGCCUGUUCUCGGUCGUGGCGCAGAAAUCGUCGCAGCAAGUUAGGCUUGAGCAUGUAAGACGGCUUUCUGCCAGGCUUACACAGAUUUUGGACGAUGUGAAAACAGUAUCUCCCGAUGAUCCUUCUUGGAGUACACUGAAAUCGAAAAACACGGGGGGAUUAAGCACAUCGUUACACAUUAUUUUACACUGCCAGCUAGCAAUUGUAUAUCGAUUUCUCCCAGCAGGGUUUCUGGGUGCCCAUCCUCUGCAAUGUUCCACAGAAUGCGUAAACGAGGCGCGCGUGGCACUAUCCAUGCUUCUCAAAGUCGGCGAAGAGGCGUUGGCACUGGGCCAUGCUGAUCGAUGGACAGCGUUUUUGAACGUUAUCUUGUCACUUGUUCCGCUGGGGCCGUUCAUUGUGCUGGCUGGGCACACGAUUGCGACAUCUUCAGGGGAUGACAUGUUGCUAUUGUCUAGAAUGACAAAUGUUCUAGCAUCAGUGGCUGAAAGAUCACCACUCAUCCGGAAUGUUCACGGCGCAUGCGAAAGCCUUCGCAAUAUUGCAGAUCGCAUUGUAUCAAGCAAUGGCCCUGCGAAAUACGAUAAUGCGCAUCAGGGUCUCCCUCAAGACCAGGACCAGGAACAAUUCGCCGACACGUUGCCGAUGGGACAGCAGGACUGGGACACUGUGAUGAUGGGAUUCGAGUCGUCGCAGUUUGGGGAUUAUGACUCACGGACUGUGACUAAUAUCAUGGAGCCUAGUUUUGUGAACACAUAUUGGUGAUGUGAGAAGUGGGAGUGUGGCAGAGACUGACGGGUAGAUAUAACGGGAUAUGAGAUAACUAUGUCCGACGAUAGAUGGAAAAAGAAGAUAGAAUUAGGAGUGGGGGGCGGGAUAAGCUCUCUUGGAUCUCCUCAGCCUAUCAUGCCUUCCUGGCUGCUGAUAAUAAAUUGUAUAUAUUUAAGAUACAUCUUGUAGCUCGCUCUACCUGAAUCUAUAUAGAGUACUAACACAAUUAUUGCAAAAGUCACGAAUCAUUGGG